UCUUUCGCCCCGCCCCCUCCUGCCGCGCCCGGUUUCGUUCAGGUGGCCCCGCGGGCUAUAAACGCUUGGAGGCGGGAGCUGGAGAGACUCAUUUGUUCUUCGCUUGAAAAGGCAGGAGCUUGACCAGGACACGGCUAGCGAGAGAAGGAAAAGGCGGACCGUGUGUAAUUCGAGACGGCGGGCGCGGCCCGGUGAGGAGGGUUUGGUUUAGUCGCGGAACCUGCUUGGGCAGCUCAGGAAAGCAGCAGCAGCAGCAGCAGGAGGAAAGGCGCAGCGGAAGACCGAAGAGGAGAAACCUCUGCCAAGCAACUCACGCCAUUCUUUACCUGGCGAUGGCUUUUCACCGUAGGGUCGUCUUGCCCCUGGUGGCGCUCCUCGCUCUCGUCGCCACAGUGUACUGCGAUUGCAUGUGUGACAAGAACAAGCGAGUAAAAGAAUGCAUAUUAAAUAAUGGUGAAUGCACGUGUGUUUCUUUGGGGUCUGAUAUUACAGUAUCCUGUGGAACAUUGACCUCGAAGUGCUUACUGAUGAAGGCAGAAAUUACUGGCUUAAUGGGUAGAAAGCGACCAAGUCAGGCUUUUGUAGACAAUGAUGGCAUUUAUAAUCCAGAGUGUGACAACAAUGGCAACUUCAAAGCUAAGCAGUGUAAUGGGACAAGCACCUGCUGGUGUGUUAACUCUGCUGGAGUAAGAAGAACUGAAAAGAGUGAAGCAAACAUUACAUGCAAUGAAGUAGUAAGGACAAGCUGGAUUAUUAUUGAAACGAAACCUGUAAAUACUGUUUUGGACACACAGUCUGUUCAAAGGGCCUUUACAGAAGCAUUUGUUCAGCGUUACCUCUUGGAUGAAAAGCACAUAAAUGUUAUGUAUGAUAACAGUUACAUCACUGUUGAGCUGAAGCAAAAUACUUCAGAGAAAUCCUUAGGGGAUGUGGAUAUAGCUGAUGUAGCAUACUACUUUGAAAAAGAUGUCAAAGGGGACCCCAUACCUAUUCAGUCACGCUGGAACCUUACAGUCCAAGGACAGCCUCUGGAGCUUCAAGACACCCUGAUCUACUAUGUUGAUGAAAAGCCACCAGAGUUCUCAAUGAAAGGAUUGACUGCUGGAGUAAUUGCUGUCAUUGUUGUUGUAGCAUUGGCAAUAGUUGCUGGCAUUCUUGUACUGGUUUUUACUAGAAGAAAGACGGGGAAAUAUGAGAAAGCUGAGGUAAAGGAAAUGAAUGAAAUGCACAGAGAACUGAAAUCAUAACUGCUGUAACGAGUCACAAGAUAAACAUGGUGAAAAUAUCAAAAUUGAAAAUUAACUAUAUGGACUCAUGAUUUUUACACUGUGCAUACCUGUAACUUUAGUAAAGAGGAUUAUCUCAAUUUAGGACCUAUACAGGUACGUUGUGUUUUCAGUGCUAAGACAAUAGCGCAUGUUCAGAUGAGUCCUCCUUUGUCACAGUUCAUGUAACAUUUUAAUGAUGCCUUAAGUGUGUACUAAAUGAGAAGCAUGUUUUAAAAGUUCUAGAGGACGUCUGCCCCACUUCGGCUGCCAGACUUCUCUUGCAUAUAGUGAAGUGUGGUGUGCUUUUUAAAAUGUCUGUAAAUAUUUGUAUUCAAAUUUGCUGGAACUUUUUUACAAGUGAUGAAUUUAAUAAAUUCAGGAACCAA